CACCUCACCACCUCAACUCUCGACGCCCCCUCGGGCCACUGACGAACGCGUUCCAUGAUCACGGCCAGUCGUGCGACCCAACGCCCAAGCCGCUCGCUGCCCGUUACGUCCAGCUUUGCACCUGCAGCGCUUACCUGCACGAGCGACACGCCCGCGACCACGAGCCAUCACGGGUCCCCGCACCGUAUGCGGUCAUCAACGACCAAUGCAGAUGCGACGACGGCUUGAGCCCAUCUUCUCCCCUUGACGCCGUGGCCGCCUCGUCGGCUGGGGCCAGCAGCGCACGCCAUGUCAUCUGUAGAGCGCAUCGAGACGCUUCUGCGGCGUGGCAACGCCCUCGUCAUACCCAAAGACCAGCAGCGACUGCUCGAAACCGAAGUCGCGUGGGCGCCGAAGCUGAGGAACGCGCCUGAAGACCUCCUCAACGUCCCCGACCAUGUCAUCAAGAGUGUCAAGCAGGCCUACGUCCAGGCGAAGAAGUUGAGCCGCCAUGGCGGGCCCAACUCCAAUGGAACCAAACGCCCAUCAAGUUCCGAUCUUCCGCCUCCCAAAAGACACACUUGCUCGGAACUUCCAGUGCCAACAACCGUGGAACAGGACUCUUCGCCAAUAGCGUCUCCCAAGAGCCAAGUAUGCGACAAGAGCCCGUCACCACGUCGUGAUCACGCGACACGCAGCCCGGCUCUCGUCCCGCUUCCAGAUCGCCGUGAGAGCCCCAGGCAGUCAUCGCGAAUGCCCCCUCCACCGGUCCCAGCACUCCGACAGGACGUCUACGCCAUCCCUUCUGACUCCAGUGAUGAGGAGGAUGAUCUUGAAGUCGAAGUGCCGCUGGCGGGAGAGCGCCAGGCCGCCCGAGUCAACAUGGCCGCAUCUCAUCGCCUCUUGGCGGCCACGCCAUACCAAGAUGUCACAGCAGACGUGCUUGAUACGCCGCCGUGCGCACAGCCUAGCCACUCGAUCGUUCCGGAGACUCUCCUGAAAAACGCCGGGCCUCAGCCUGAGGUUGUGCGCCAUGAAGACCGACAACAUCGGCACAAAAUGUACACUCUCAACUCGAGCCCGAUAAAGCCUCUCACGACGGCCGCACGAUCAAGGCGUAUGGCUACCACCAAGACCUUUGCGGGGGGCGCCGAUGUCAGCAGCUCGUAUUCUACGUCUUCAAGCUCCGUGGUUCCCGGUACGCUUGCUAGCUCAACCAUGAAUUCGGUCCUAGCAUCCGUCGAGCAGGGCGAUACCAUCAUGGGGGUGAAUGAACCACAAGAGUCGGAUGACUCAGACUCGGACGAUGCGGCUCCAUCGGUUCAUGCACAAGACGUGCCCGUUGCCGCUUCCGUGCCCUCCCUGCCGGAUGAGUCGCCACCAGCCCCCCAAAACAUGAAUCCGUUUGGUAAAUUUGCUACGACAUACCCAGACUACGUAGGGCUAUACCGAGGUGGUCUGUGGAGCUUUAUCAGGGCCCUCAUCUGUCUCGAGUAUCUGAAAAGCGAGCGAUUGAUCAAGGAAAGCGGGUACGAUGAAUUCAUUCGAGCUUUCUCCCAUGGCUACCUGGAUUAUGUUUCGCGAGCAGGCCCCGGCCAAGAGCCUCUGCCUGCGGUGGAAUGGUUCAACAUGCUGCCUGGACGGCAGCUUUACAACGACAUGGUCGUCAGAGCCGACAAUCUGAAUGCCAUCAUACGGUCGUUUCCGCACGAGGUGUCGCGGGCACGAAGAAUUGUUCGAGGAGCUUCGGAGGAGGCUCCUCUGGUACGGAACUUGCCGAGUCCGCAGAGAGGGCUUCGGGGUUUAAGCUCGCAGCGAGAAUCUCGGAGCUUUAGUUCCAAGGCACCGGAGCCUCAACCAGAUCCAGAACCCGGGGUUAUAUCGAGUGGCGAGGCCACGGACGUGGACCCGCCGGAAACUCGCCCUGGCCGGCGACGACAGCAACUCGAAGAGAGACCGUCCGGCCCCGCAUCAUCUGAGCAGUCAGUUCGGACAUCCAGUCGGGUCCAAGCAGCAGGAUCCAGACCAGUCCCGGAACCGGCAACGCCAGCGACAGCGACGGCAUCGUCGACCCAAGGACGGGCCCCGCGGUCAUCGGGCUACUUUGCGAGGCUGAACGCCAGGGUGUCGAAGAGCCGUCAGCAAGCGCUCGAGGAACACAACUCACGUGUUCAAAAGCAUCUGCGCAGAGAGGGGUCGAGCCGCCGCAGUUCCAUGAGCGGCAGCGGCCAGACUGAAUCACUAGACAAAAGCGGGAGUUGAUUGGUCGGGAACGAGGAUGAAUUAAUCAUGAUGGAAGUGCUGGAAAGACACUUCUAACACUGCCGUAUACCCUGAAACUGGAGCGCAUGCCCAGUCGUGACGAGGUCGUUAGUGGGGAGCGAAAGAGUGGUGUUGCAUUGCCGUGCCUGGGCCUCAUUCUAGUAAUACCUGGGGCUAGCAUGCCCCGGUAUGUGCCUUUUCCAAUACAAGUACCUGGACC